ACGAUGAGAUGACACAAUAUAAUAUAGGAAUUAGCAGCACCUAGGAAUGUAGUGUAGCGAAUGAGUAGGGAUGCGAUGUUAUAUCAUAGUUAGUUAGCUAGUUAGUUUCUCGUUUGUCUCUAGUGUUUUGCUAUCAAGCCUUGCCCACCCUCCCCUGGGGGGAGGGGGUGUAGGGACAUGCCUGGAAAAUGGCAUGGGAGAAAGUCCCUCGAAGGUCCCACGAAGGGGACCUAUAUAGAGGGCGAGGUUUACGACGAUGGAGGCGACCCACAAGGCACAGUGGUCUUGUGGGUGAAGCGCCUGUUCGCCCCGGGAGAGACCGGGAGGACUUUGCAUGGGGACGUGGUGACUGCUACCGAUCCAUAUUACAGAUGGUGGCUUGCGAGUCCAGACGGGGCAGUCACCACGGUGGACGGAGCAUAUCAUAUAUGCAAAGGUCCUCCCGCCGAAUGUAAGGGCGGAACAGGAGAACAUGUGGUCCACUUAGGCAAGUGGCGACAGUGGAAGGAAGAAGAGCUCGUUGACAACAGCGGAGGGAUCCUAGAUGAGGAUACGCAUGGACAUGUGCAGGCAUAUUUCAAAAGAGUCCCAAAGGAAGGGCCAGGCGCUGGAGGAGCUGGUGAUUUGCCCUGGGAUGACCCAGGUGAUGAUGAAGAGGAUGGAGAGGAAGAGAAAGGGAAGAGCGCGCCAGGGCCGUCCGGGAAGGAAAAGGCUGCAAUGAAGAGAACGACAGAGAGGAAAGGGUCGGAAGAAGAAUUGGUGAAGAAAAAGAAAAGGCUGACAGAGUUGGCCAGAGACCUCAAAGCCCUGAAGGCGGAGGUGAAAGCAGCUGAAGUCACCGAGGAAGAGAAGAAAGGUGCAGGCAAGAAGGAGAAGAAGGGACGGAAAAGAACGAAGAGUGGAAAGGGAAGCCCUCCCUUUUCAGGUGAGAUGCGAGGAAGCGCGCGGAAGGUGAAGACUAGCCCGGAACCCGGUGGAUCGUCUUCGGAGCCGGAUUCCGAUGAGGGCUCAUCCUCUGACAAGAGUUCAGGGCGCAACCAAAAGCGAACUUCAAGAAGCAGGGGAAAGAAGAAGCAGAGGAGCAAAGGACGGAGUUCUCCUUCAGAUCCCUCCAGGUCACGGAGCCGAAGGAGGCAAAGCCACAAGAAAAAGAAGAGAGGCAAAAAGAAGAACAAAAGGCCAAAAGACAGAGGGCCCUUUGGAGUGGCCGAAUCAGAUGAAGAUCCCGACAGAUCGGAAGCCGAGGAUGAUUCGGAAUCGGAUUUUCAAAAGGCCCCCGCGGGGAUGACGCUGUUUCUGAAGUUGCAGCGUUACGCUCAGCGGCACCCCGGCCGGCUCGCGGCCCGUCUCCUCCAUACCAUGGGGGUAGCGGGGCGCGUCCCCGUGGGGGCCUUGCGACAAAAGGGGAAGAGCAUUCUCAAAAACAUCGAGGCAAACGCAGUGUCCUACUACAACGUGGCCUUGGUCCCGAACCUGAAGGCGAAAUGGACUCCACGAUCCGGGAGAGAAUUGAAGUACCUCACAAUUCUCCUGGACCUACUGGUCGAGAACAAGUCAGCGCAGGCUGCCGACAUCAUUGCCCAGAGGAUCAAGGCUCUGGAGAAAAGCGUGCAAGACAACAACAGUUGGGUGAGGGCACGCUUCCUCGAGCUGGUGGAGCCAGACGACGUAGAAGUAGAUGGUGGCGCCUUGGCAAACCGAAUCCCAGCGGAACCCAGUGAACCCCCAGACCCCAGAGGGGAGCUUCAGCGGAAGCGAAAGUCCGAAAAGGAUGUUGAGUCGCCCGAAGGUGAAGUGGCAUCUUCGGAGGAAUAUGAAAUUGAAGAGGAGGCCUUGAACAGGUUGUGGAAGAAGCGUAGACAAAAGUUUGAAAGAAAAAUGGCAGGGUUUCUUGCAGAGGAACGGGAUGCAUUGGAAGUGGCCUGGCAUGUGCUGGAAAAUGCUGGGCAUCUCAGGACAAAGUUUGGCAGGUUUCGGACGACUUUGGGUCAAAAGGCCACAGCCCAAGAUGCCCCUGAGGGCCCCGAUCUCCUGCCUAUCUCGUUAGAUGCCCUAGAGCUACGCCGGGACAUUCAGUCGGAAGUUCGGGCGUGGGUCAUAUUGAUGGCUUGGGCAUUGAACUUCUUGUACUGCACAGGCUGGGAGCAACCACGCCACAUGGAUCAUCCCGGGAAGCUGACUACGGCGCAAACCAAGAUGGUUGAUCAGCACUUGGUGCCCGCGGUGAGGCGCAUGUGCCCGAAGGGAUUGAAGAUCCCAUCUUAUCAGAAACUAAAGGAGCAGCUUCAGAAGAAAGGCUACGGUUAUGAUGGAUCUAGUUGGGAGAUGGUAAACAAACCACUGCUCACCAUCCUUCCGGCGGAAGAAUGGCCAGAGACGGUACCCCAGUCGUAUGUGCGGGCCUCGGAUGCCGAGUGGGAGAGGCUCGUGGCAGAGGGGUAUCAGCUAGGUCUUUUUCAGCCUUGCCCGGAGGAAGAGAUCUUGAGAAGCCCCUCCGGUGAAAUGAUCCUGAAUGGGGCCGGAGCAGUCCCAAAAGAGAAGAAUGGCAAGAUCUUGCAAAGAUUUAUAUCUAUUUUAUGUCCAUUGAAUGCGGUGAGCCGCAAAAUUGAAGGAGAUGAGUCGACCUUGCCCUAUGUGGGCCAGGUGGGGCUUUGUGAAUUGGAGGCCGAAGGAGCCAUAGUUAUAGACAGUGAGGAUUUGCAGUCGGCCUUCAAUUUGUUUGAGAUGCCACGGGGAUGGCGUGGCAUGUUCGUGUACCGCAAGCAGGUGAGAGGAGGAGUCCUUGGCUUGCCUCACGAUGAGAUGACAUGGGUGUCGCUGAGGACGGUGCCUAUGGGAUGGCUCUCCGCAGUGGGGAUUGUUCAACAAGCCAUCAGGACUCUCGCGUUUGAGGAAGCUGGACUCCCCAGACAGUUUGAAAUUCAAAAGAACAAGGAGCUCCCUGAGGGAGAACGCUUCUUACUUUACUUGGACUCGGUGGAUCAGUUGAGGCCGGUCAGCCAAGCAAUGAGAAAGGUAGUGGAAGGACAGGCGAGCCCUGAGCACCAGCGUUUUGAAGAGGCAUGCCGGCGGUGCGGAUUGCCUACCAAUAUGAGCAAGCGUUUGGCGGGGGCCCUAAGAGGAACCCUACAGGGGGGUCUCCUUGAUGGAGAAGCAGGGGUGUUCAUGCUGCACCCGGACAAAGGGGCCUUUACAAUCGAAGCUUGCAUGUGCCUGCUGGGAUCCCGGACAUGGGAAACUAGAGUGGUGGCAGGGCUCACAGGGCGAUUGGUUUUCGCCGGUGCAUUUCGAAGGCCAGCCAUGUCACUGAUGAGCGAGGUGUUCCAUUACUUCGGCAGCAAGCCUACAUCCAAAGUGGCAAAAGAUGAUGCCUACGAUGAGGUCUUGCUGGCGAUGGCCUUGCUGCCCUUGAGUUUCACAAACCUCAAGGCCUCAAUCUGUGGAAGAAUCUAUGCCACUGACGCCAGUCCAAUGGGGGCCGGGUCGUGCGUAGCCGAGCGCUUCAAGCGCCCGUUUGGGACCACAAGCCCAAAUGACCUGGUGUGUGGGGUGUGCCGGACAGAGCUCACGGAUGAGACAGCCCGUGGAGAAGACUUGGCCUGCCCCGCGAUGUGCGGGUGCAAACUUUGCUCUUUGGAGUGCUGCUUGAGGCACGCGCCUUAUUGCCCGCAUCAAGCGGUAGGAGUUCCAUUGUUUUCGGAGAGGUACAGUGGUCCAGAGGCCAGAUUGUCGAGAACCAUGUUUAAGGCUGGAUUCAGAGUGGUUGACCCCAUAGAUUACAAGUGGGACAGCACUAUGGAUGUAUUCACGGAGAGAGGAAAAGAAUGGUGGGCCCACGCCGAUGCAUCAGACCCAACCCUUGAGCAUCACGCUCCGGACAGCAAAACCUUUUCAAGGGCGCGAGGUAGGCCCUAUCAGUUUGCCGGAAAAUGGUAUGAGGGGCCAGUGGCACUGAGGGAUGAAAGCCACGUGAUGGGGUUCACUUACCUAGCAGCGCAUGACGCAGCAGCGGUGAGGAAAGGAAACAAGAUGGCAAUGAGAUCCAUCGCGAGGUGCAGGACCCUCCACGAAGAAGGUCGCUUCUUCACCUUGGAUCACCCCCGGCGCUCUUGGAUGUGGUAUACCAAGCCAGCCAUAGACCUGGCAGGUCUUCCAGGAGUGAGGAUGGCGAUCUUCUCCCAUUGCUGUUAUGGGGGAAGGCGCAAAAAGUGGACGAGCUUACUGACCAACAGCGAGACCAUCUACCAAGCCCUUCACAAGCCUGUUUGCCCCCACGGAGAUGGGGAGGAUUACCCGCCGUACUGGGAUCAGCAGCUUGGCCAGGUGGUGUUCCCAAUGGAGCAAGAAGCAACAUACCCCUGGGGUUUGUGUGAGGAGUACGCCAAAGCAGCCGUCAACCUCAUGAACCUGAGUGAGCACAGGGAAGAAGCCCUUGCCGAAGUGCGCAAGGUGAAGAUCAGAGAAGACCUCAUGAAAUAUGACCGGCUGCAAAGUCCGGGCUUGCAGGAAAAGGUGGUCAGUGGCAUCUUGCAUAUGGAGAGGACCAUGCAAAUUGGGUUCGAAAAAGCUCAUCUACAGCAACUUCUUCGCCUGGGUCACUAUCGUGGCACAGAUGUCAGGUUGGCCGUCGAGGAACAGGGAGGACGGCAACUGUUUCCGUACCCAGCCUAUAGAUGGCUGUGGCGUGACGUGCUGUCAUUCAGAUGGCGACAGGAAGGGCAUAUCAAUGAGUUGGAAUUUCAGGCCUUUUUGGCCCACAUUCGCCGAGUGCUGCGGGAGCCUGACAUGCGCCACAAAAGGGUGUUUGUGGUCGUGGACAGUCAGGUGAUGCCUAAGGCCCCACAGACACUUCGCUAUGCCGGGUUAGCCAAAAAGACAGUUGCAGCCUAUCGUCGCGCCCUAUCAGCUUUCUUUUCGUAUCUUGAAGAUGAAGAGAUUGAAAUGCCCUCAAAGUUUCACCACCUUGAUCGCUUGAUUGCCCAAUAUCUGGAGUCCCUAUACUUGGACGAUACCCCAAUUUCUUACGCAGGGCAUUUGUUGAGUGCCUUCCGCCGCUUUGUGCCCCAGUCGCGGUUCAAGAUCCCUAUUGCCAAACAAUGGUUCUCAAACUGGACCUCUGAGCACGUGCCCAGGCAGGCAAUUCCCAUGCCAGCCAAUGUGGUAUUGGCCCUUGCCGGGGCAGCGCUUGAGGUAGAGGAAUUCGCUGGCACUUUAGCCUUGCUGUGGCCUUUAAAAGGCACGUUUAAGCUGUGA